AUGCCGAGCAUUCUCACAACAGGCUUCCUUUACUCGCAAUUCAUCUUUCGCCCAGCCUAUCCAAAAGGUACAUUAGAUGGCCAGACAAUCCUCAUCACCGGCGCAAAUGUCGGACUAGGUCUUGAAGCUGCUCGCCAUGUGGUUCGACUUGGUGCAUCCCGCGUAAUUCUCGGCGUGCGCAACGUGAAAGCCGGAGAACAAGCCAAGCAAGAGAUCGAAAAUUCCAACAGUCGUCCUGGAGUCUGUGAAGUAUGGGAAGUUGAUCUCGCUUCGUACAGCUCAGUCCUAGCAUUUGGGGACCGCAUUUCCAAACUCCCACGCCUUGAUUCGGCCAUCCUAAACGCAGGGCUUGCUACACAAACUUUCGAGCUUGCGGAGGGUUAUGAAAGAACUAUUACAGUUAAUGUGUUCGGCACUCUCUUGAUGGGUCUUCUACUUCUACCAAAAUUAAAGGCUACCAAGGCAGAUUACCCUGAGACCCAUCCCCACUUGACAUUCGUAGUCAGUGAAGUUCACAGGAUCCCAGACUUUGAGGAAUGGAAGGAAGACAAUAUACUUCAGAUACUCUCUGACAAGAACAAAGCCCAGAUGGAUAUUAGAUAUCCUUUAUCUAAGCUCCUGGAGGUCCUUGUGGUGUUGGAGUUAGCUGGACGAGUACGUGGCUCAGAAGUCAUCGUUAACAUGGUUAACCCGGGUUUCUGCCAUUCUCAACUGGGUCGAGAGGCUGGAUUUGCAUUCGGCGUGAUGAAGUUCAUCUUGGCACGCUCCACCGAGGUUGGAUCACGUACACUCCUUGCGGGUAUUCUGACUGGUCUUGAGAGUCAUGGCUCCUACAUGAGUGAUGGGCUAGUAGAAAAUACGGGGCUGUCUUCCUUUGUACGCAGCUCUGAUGGAGCCAAGGCUCGGACGAAGGUGUGGAAUGAGGUUACUACAAUCUUGGAAGGUGCUCGCCCUGGAAUUUUACAAAACAUCUAA